GUAUCAGCACAAUACAACGCAUGCACGCUGCACUGGUAUAGUGCAUGGCGCGUCACUACCCGAGCUGCAUGCGCUGCAAACUUGCACUUUCGGGAAUUGAAUUAAUUGGGAACUUCCCGAUUUCUUCAGUUUUGCGUCGAGUCACCAGCUCCACACGACGCAUAAUGAUAACGUAAGCUUGCUAGAGAGCCUCGCAGAAUGGACGAGCGGACAGAAAGUCCCAUCAUUAGCGUGCAACAUAUUUUCCAGCUUUCCCAUUACGGCGUAAAGCAGGAACAUGUGACUUUCCCUCGAGUCACCAUGUCAUCCCAUCGCUGGAUCUGCUGUCGUCACAUCAGCCGCAAACGCAAGAAGGUGGAUUGCAUCACGGCAAUCAACUUGACUCGCAAGACACCCCGCUCACUGACGUGGCCUUGUGUGGCCGACUCGGCUAUGAUGAACCCUAGAAAACCCUGGCUGGCCCUCAAAGUGGGACGGCACUUCCAAGUAUUCAACAUUGUGGCCGAGAAGCAGCUUCAUCGCUGUACCACCAAAGACGACGUGCAAUAUUGGACGUGGAUCAGCGAUGACAUCAUCAGUAUGGUGGGAUCCAAGGCUGUAUACCAUUGGGACCUCUCUCCACCUGCUGAUUUGGGUCCUCAGAAGAUCUUUAUUCGACACGGUCGACUCAGCUUCUGUCAAAUAAUCGGUUACAAAGCGGACCCCACGCAACGCUGGCUGGCGCUCGUCGGACUCUUCAGGGAAUUUGAUAAUGAAUCGGACAAUUUGAGCUACGUAUCAGGUCUCACCCAAAUCUACUCAGUAGACAAUAAGUACAGCCAGCCCAUUGAUGCUCAGGCCGUCUCGUUUGGGAUGUACCGACGAAGCGAGAAUAUCUUGCCAUCCAGCUUUCUCUGCCUUGCCAACAGGUCACCGGGUCAGCAAGGAAAGCUGCAUGUAAUUGAGCUCGGACCUCAUAAGCCCGGUAAUACCGCCCUCAUCAGCUGUACAGAACAACUAUUUUUUGAUGAAGGGGACAGCCACGACUUCCCUGUUUCUAUUCAGAUUUGUUCAAAUUAUGGCCUGGUCUAUGUUCUGACGAAGCACGGCCAAAUCAAAGUGUGUGAUAUUGAAACGGGUACCCACCUCUCUAGUGCUAGCGUGUCGCCCCUGACUCUCUUCACGGGGGCACCAGACUGUGAAGGCAAGCGAGUGCUCACAGUGGACAGAUCAGGAAAGUUUUCUGCAGUUGGUGUUCGGGAACGUGCAUUAAUAGACUAUACUAGGACUGAGCUGAAACGACCAGCCAUUGCUAGGAGACUUGAGAAGAGUAUGUUCCCAGAAUGAACCAAACCAUUCAGUUGUGGGACAAUCGUUUAUUGAGUUCUUAUCGCAGAUACCCAGAAUGCUCAUUUUUUUUGGUCGGUAGAAAAAUUGACAUGUGCCAACGUUUGCAAAAUGCCAUCACUUUGCCAAUACAGAUGUCUAUUGAUAUGCUGGUUCCUCAAGUGAUUGAAAUUACAGUUUGCGUAAGUCUAGGAACCAGCCAUCAGUGAGUACCAGGAAGAUCUGAUACAUCCACAACUCAUUCACUAUCAUUAGUCUCAUUUUGAAGGAUACACGUUAUCUCACACAUGCUUGUGCGGUAGUCGUGGCGAGAUACCCACAAUUACACCAAUCCUAAUUUGCCCAACAACUGAAAAAUUUCACCACACCUUUUUGUCACGGAUGUAAAAGUCUCUCAUCUUGCAAUGUACUUGACAUUGCUGGGGUCAAGGGUCAUUACCAAGGAUGCAAUGUGAGGAGAAAACAUCUGAGUUGCUGGAGUUUAUAUGCAUAUGAGAAAUGGCCAGUGGUACAAUGUGUGUGUUAUUAGCCAUCAUUCCAUGGGAAGAUGCUGAAAAUAGGUACCAGGGGGCUAGACUGGUAACCUGACACAUAAGGCAGACAGCGACUUCACACUUUCAUUGGUUGCGUCAUUUUUGUGCUGUGAUGUUGCUACAUUUUCCUGUACUUUGAUGGCCAGACUAACUUGCCUUAAGAUGGUAUGUGGUUGGUGUAUUGCAGCUGCUUUUGUGUUCGUCUCGAGCCAACUUGAAGUUGGAAGGUCAUCAUGCCAGAAGUUAGGUAGAUGCUGUGGCUGAGGAUUGACAGUAAGAAAUCUAUUGGUAUGGACAGAUGGCUUGGAAACAUGCUAUGAGUGUUGUUAAAUGAAACAGAUAGCAAUGACAGGUUGGAAAUGCAGAGGAUGAAAUUAUGUCUUUUACUGAUGAAUUUCUGGAUGACCUUCACAGAAAGGUUGUUUCUUGAAUGUGUGGUGAUUGGCUGUGUUUAAAUCAUUGCUUUGAAAUUGAAACAGUUGAAUAUUGAGCAUCACACAUCAUUCAAUCAGAGACAAUUUAGCAAGCAGUGGAUAUGAAAUGCUUGUUCGUGGAGGCAAUGAGCCUUUUAACCGUCUUUAUGUUGCAAAAAUUUACUGUUAUUGCUGUAUGAGAACUUGGUGCUUUUUUAUUGGUCAGAUUUUGACAAUGGUUUUCCCCACGAGUGUUUAGUGCCAAGAAUGAGCUGUGAUUUCGUGAAUGGUUGCCGUGGAUACUUGGAGCCCACCUCAGUUUUUUUUAGUAUUUCGGUUUUAUGUCACUUCAUUGUUGUACGUGAGGAUAGUGAUCGUAUUCCUAGUGUAAACUAGUAAAUGUAAGAUGUUUGAAAUCUACUUUUGUCUGAUUGAGAUUGAAAUGUAUAUUUAGAAAUUACAGAAUGUGUACCAUAGAUUCCUGAACUCCUGUUGGCAUAUAAAAGACAUUUGUGGAUAAACUCAGUCAAAGAUAAAGAACCUGACACCUAUUUUAACACCAAAUUAACCUAAACCACCUAGGGACCAUUGAAAUCCUGCAUAACCUUGUUGGCUUCAGCAUGGUUA